ACGCAAUCACCGAAAGAUGGAAUCGCAGAGCGAAUAUUUAGUGAAAUAUGUAUACAACAGAACACUAAAUUAUUUUGAAAGAUUUGAGAAUGAAAAAAUGUUGAAAUGCAUUAAUUUACUUAUGGACUUUGUCAUAUGUGUCUCGCAGAAUAAUUGAGAUAAUUGGAAUCAAUUAUUUCUUUUUAAUUAGUCACUUUGUAUUGUGUAAUUAUAUAAACAAACGAUUAUAUAUUAUUUUAACCUAAAAAAAUGAUGCAAGCAUACAGAAAUAUAGUGCGAACUUUGCUUUCUAACUGGCAACCUACAUUGAUGACACCGGCAGCUGGUUUAAAAAUCUUUCGUCAACCUGUAAAAUUUGGCAACAUUGAAUAUCCUGAACGACGAAAACUCAGAAUAAUGGAGAAAGGAAUGCGUGCUUUUAAAAUGCAAAAACGAUUGCGAUACAUGCGUGGUCCAGAAGAGGUGCACAAUUUCCUUUUAUACAAGCAAUAUGGGAUCAUUGCAACAGGAGGAGGUAGAUUAAAACAUAAUCAUUUUGAGAUGAUCCGUUUAAAACUUGGCAGAAAAAUUAAUCAACAAACGAUGUUUGCAAUUUGGCGUGUGGAUCCACCAUGGCAACCAGUUACAAAAAAGGGACAAGGACAUCGCAUGGGUGGUGGCAAAGGUUCUAUUGACCACUAUGUUACUCCAAUUAAAGCUGGACGUGUCAUCGUAGAGCUCGGCGGUCAUUGCGAAUUUUUUGAGGUAAAAAAAAUAUUGUCCGAUAUAGCACGCAUACUGCCAUUCCAAGCCAAAGCCGUCAGUCAAGAAAUGUUGGAUAACGAAGCAGCUAAACAGGAGUGGAUGGAAAAGAACAAUCUGAAUUCUUGGACCUGGAAAUACAUGGUUCAAAAUAACAUGCUUGGCUGCUUUAAAUGGAUAUCGCCAACUGAUAAACUAUGGUUUAACAAAUACUUGUAAAUAAAAAGAAAAGAUUGUAAGAAAUUACACAUUCUUAUAUUUUCUCUUUAUGAAAUAUUUUAUAAUUUAUCUCAGUAAAAUUAGAUAAUAAAUGAUAAUAAAUAAUUAAUGAAUAAUAAAACAA